UGAAUGUGUGUUUGAAAGUGACGGAGACAUACAACGCUGUGACCGAAGCUGGACGGUUUGUCAAUAAGAAUAUGUUGCCGCUGAACCGCGUCAAAGCUCAUUACCAUAAUGUUGGCUGCACUUGAACUUUCCUCUGACGCCACACCGCCCAAGACUCGCCUUGCUGCCGAGAGAUGCUGGCUGUCAUAGAAAACGAAUGACUUCCAGUCGAUUUGAUGCUCUCGACGCCUCUGGUCUGAACGCACGAAAAAUGGAUGUGUCAAAGAGGAUCAUGAGAAAUCUGGAACCGGCAAGGCCACUGCGUCGCCUAAACAUAAAUCAAGUAGAUGUGUCACCUAUAGUGCCUCAAAGCAAUGCUGAAAUCAAGCCUGUCACAAAGAGAGUAGAAAAGCCAGACAACAACAUUAAAGUGGAGCAGUUGUUUGAAAUCCUUAAUCUUCAAAGCGGCAGUACCCAACCAAAAAAGAAAGAAAGAAUAUGCUACACCAGGGAUUUCCUCGUCAAGAUGGCAAGUUGUCCAGCAGCCAAGAAGAAACCUGAGUUUUUACCAGAGCAUCCAGUAGUUUUGGAGAAUGGAAGAACCAAUGAUGUGCCAAGACUUUUUUCAAGGCAAAUGGAACAAGAGUGAGGACAUGUACAUUCAUCAAACUUGCACUUCAAACAAGGAAUUCAGAUUGUUGCAAUUAGUACUUUGUGUAUGUUACAUAAUAAUGGUGUAACCUUGUGGAGGAUUAACAGUGUACCCAAAUUUAUUUUCAUAGGGUUGCCUAAUGUGGAGAAUUCCAUUUUAUAAUUUUUUUUAUUUAUUUUUAGAAAUAAGGGGCUCUAAAAAAUGUACUACAUGGGGACCAAAGCAGAAAAAAAUUAAAUAUCACCUUUUUCACAAGCAAAGUUUCUUCUGUGUAAAAAAACACUCUCCUUGGAUGCUAAAAGCAUUUAAAAAUCUAUGUAGGUAAUACAAUGUUCAUUUAUCCAGAAAUUACCAUGGCCGUGAAUUGCAAAACAAAACAACAAAUCAUAAAACACAACGGCAAAUCCGAAAACAAAAGAAAAAUCACAAAACAUAAGCCAGAAAACACAACAGCAAGACAGAAGACACAAACGACAAGUCAGUCGAAAUGGAAAGUUUAGGUAGCUUCUGUCCUGAUUGGCUGUGUGGAUGAUAUCCAGCCCUUUUUAUAAUGAUGGGUCCACUGUCAACUUAACGAUUAUUUCAAUUUCAAUGCUAAAAGUGAAGCAUUUAAUUAUUUGGAGUGUUUUCUCACUUAGUAAAACAGUAACGGGUUACUUUAGAACACAGAGCACAAAACGAGCGAGCAGCAUAAAGUUAGGAUAAGGUACAAUAUCCACCGGUGUGUAAGGGACCGUCAAAAAAGUAAAUAAACGGUGCUUAAACGUAUGUGGUGUCCAAGCAUUCAUUCAAUUUACGUGCAUGUUCGAAGUUAACAAACACUUAUUUUAAAAGCAUUUUCACAUUCUUAAGGUAAUUAGACUGCCAGUGUGAUGACUGACUUACUACAUAUGAAGUUUUGCCAGCAUGUCCAAUUAUAUGUACACAGUGUUCAAUUGUAUUAGGAAAAAACAAUCACAGAAAUUCUACAAGAUAUUAAUAUCAUAUUCUAAAGAAUGUAGUAGGAUGCUAGUCAAUAGGAUAAUUUACUUGAUGUGAGAUUUUACCAGAAUGUGCAAUUUAUUUUAAAACAAUAUAAUAUAAAAAACUUUUUUUUUUUAAUGAAUCACUAAAAUUCAUCCAGUUAGUCAAUCAUUCACACUACUGGCAGUCUACUACAACCUUUGGAAUGUGACAAUAACAUCUGGAUGAAUUUAACUAAUUGAAUACUGUAUCAAUAUAAUUGAAUAUACUGGAAAAAUAGCACCUUAAGUAAGUCAAUCAAUCCACUGGCAGCCAACUGCAACCACUGCAGAGCGUGCAGGUCCAUUUUAGAGAAGUAAUUGUAGCGUGUGCAGGUCCAUGUUAGAGUGUGCAACAGUUUAUGGACUUUUAGAUGGCCCCUUACACAUUAACUUUAUCGUGCUUGCUCUUGUUGCUCUCUGUGUUCUAAAGUAUCCCGUUACUGUUUUACUGCAUGAGAAAAUACUCCCAAUUGAUUCACAUCUUUACUCAGUGAGCUUUUGACAUGGAUAUUUAGAUAUUCGCUGAGUGGACAGUGAACCAAUCAUAAAGAAAGGGCUAGAUAUCCACACACCAUUUCCAAUGGCUUGUUGCUGUGUUUUCUGACUUAUUGUUUUGAUUCUGAAUUUGGCAUUGUGUUUUCUGGUUUAUUUUGUUUUUGGAUUUGCCGUUGUGUUUUAUGAUUUGUUGCUGUCUCUCUUGAAUUAUUGUAUUUUUGGAUUUGCAAUUUGUGUUUUAUUAUUUGUUGUUUGGUUUGCACUUCAAGGCCACUGUAAGAAAGCUGUAUUCAGACAUGAUCCAUUGAAAAUUGUGCUAAAUUCCUUCAGCAGAAACUACAGUACAGAUGUCCUUCCUGUCCUUAGUCCAUCCUUGGCAAUACGCUUUUGUUUCUAACUCCGACAUCAGAACUUUGCGCUUAUGUUCUGAUUUCAUGGUUUGUGGUGUUUAAUUAGUGUUUAUAUUUGGACUUGAAGUGUUUCAGAUUUUGCUUGAAGUUUUGCAUAGACUAAUUGUUUGGGAGGUUUUAUAUGCCUGAGUUAGUCUUCUUUAGUGGAAACCCAAGAUUGUGACUAUCCCUAACAGUGUUGUCACUGGACGGGUUGGGCAAGAUACACACAGAUCUGGCACAAUCUUUUAACAACUACUGAGCCUUUUGAGUAUUUAAAGGUGGGAAUUGUUGGGGGGGCAAGUUUUAUUUUAAAGGUAAAGUUAUUUUUUUGAGUCCUUUGCUGAGAAAAGGAUUAGACACAAAAGAAGAGUUACUUAGUAGUUACUGUAGCCUUUUCAGUAUUAUAAUAUUAUUUUAACAGUUUACUAGAAAAAUGUCAAAAUAACACAAUUACUCUGGAUCUUAUGCAAUUAAGUUUUUAUAUAUAUCCCUUGAUUUGCACACUUGGGCAGAGGCAAUAUUUGCUUUUUUUGUAUCACAUUGUAAUCUGUCAAUUCAUAACUAAUUGUCUUAAUUUUAAAUUGGAUUUAUUCUAACUCCACAAAAUUAUUACACUCAGUAAAGGACAGUUUAUUUUACUCUGUGCUCUGCUUAUUUUACAGAUGUCUCAAGUAAAUUAGGCUACUUUUGACUCGUCUCAGUUUAAAAAAAAGUGUGUGAGUGAGUGAGAGAGAGAUAGAUAGAUAUACAUGUUCUGCUCCGUUUGAUUUGAUUAUAACUUGUGCUUUGGCAACAUUGUAACAUACAGUCAUACCAAUAAAGCAAUUGAAAUAGAGAGAGAGAGAGAGAGAGAGAUCGUUUCGCCUUUGCAAUGAAGGACCAACUGUCCAAUCCGACUGCUUUGCUACUGUGACGUCCUUGUCUCAAACGAAUUGAUCGUUUGAACCGAUUCAUUAGAUGACUAUCGAACCGAAUCACAAAGCUUUGGUAGCUCACCCUGGCCUACGGAUGACUUUGGCUAGAAUGUGCAGUGUUGUUAACAAAAUGGGAAUAAUUAAUGGUGUUAAUAAUUGUUAACAAAAAUAAGGCAAAACUAUUUUCUUAGUAAACCCAAGUUAUUUUGAUUUUGUCCAGUAAACAACGUUUGACGCACUCUAUGUAUUUAAUACAAUCUUGCGUAAAAUGCCUCGUGGGGACUAAAUAAAAUACUCUGGUGAUGACUCGGUUGUGAAUAGUUUUUGAACCGGUUGAAUGAAACGAACUGUCCGAACGAGCCGAUUUGCUAAAACGAAUCGGACUUCACAACGCUAGCUACUACUAGUCUGUCCUGCCGCAAGAGGCGGAACAUGUCCAAAUACUGCUGAUGGAAAAAAUUGCCAUGCCGGUGCGCUUUGAGCUUUCGUCACACAGACCAGCGGGCGCAGCCGGACGUUUUACCGAAGCAGCAACUGAAAGGAACCGACUAUCUUAUAUAGCCUACGGAGACUUUGCCGAGUGACUGCUCACUUGAGUCAGAAGGCGUGAAAUUCAUUGGUACACAUCCCGCUCAAGG